AUGCCUCCACUUGCUCUGCCGAACCAAGGACCUCUCCCGCUUCCCGCACCACCUUCCGAACCUCCUACCGACGAUGACUAUUUCAAUGCAUUUGAUUAUCGCAGACUAAUAGAGCAGGGAAAAUUAUCACGCGAUGCCCGCGUAACAUCAACUCACCUUGUUGAGGCGCGUCUCUACGAGGAGAAGGUGUUAGUGGCGCGCUCCGCUGACGUGGCGCCUCCAUGGCUCGCAGGUGCCUUGCAGCCUCUCUUUGACACAAACGCGCGCAUUGAAGCUCGUCUUGGUCGUAUGGAGGCACGCCUUGAUCGCAUGGAGGCACGCCUUGGUCCCAUCCAAAGAGUAGGUGCCAAGGCUCACAAUGUGCAGUGUGGUAAAGGCGACUUCAUUCAGCUCGAGGAGAUGCCUUUCCAUGACAAUUCACUCCCUACCAAGGCUCCACACAAUCUCCCUCUUCUAUCGAGCGUGGCUGUUAUUGAUACCUUGAGUCAGGCACAUGCGAGAUCCUAUUUCGAGGGCUACUAUCCCAACGUUGAUGUACCCCGCGGCAUUGAUGCCCGUCGAUUAGCCAUUAAGAAGGCAAUUGGACAGUUGUGA